GUGAAGGCCCAGCAGCGGGGAAGUCGCCGCCUCAGGAUGUUGGCGAUCCUCAAGGUCUCUGAGAUUCCGGCUCUUCCCUUCGCGAUUCCGCGGGGCGUGCCUCUGAGGUGACCAGGGCUGAACGGAGGUUGCUGUCCCCGAAGUGAGCCGGGGCACGAAGGGUUAACCUACCUGGGCCGCCGCCCCUGCGGCCCCUCCUCCAGCCGCAGGGAAAAAAAGAAAGUCUCAGCGGGGGCGCGGCUCGGCCUCGUCCCGCCGUCCCCUGCCGCGGCGCCCAGAGCUGUGAUCCGUGCGCCCCGCUCAGCUGCCCUGGACCGGGCCGCCAUGUCUCUGUGGAAGAAAACCCUCUACAAGAGUGUAUGCCUGGCACUGGCCCUCCUUGUGGCUGUCACCGUUCUCCAGCGCAGUGUGACCCCUGGUCAAUUCCUUCAGGAUCCUCUACCACCCACACUGGGGCCAGCCAAAACUGGAAAUCUGGUCAACCCCAACAGCUUCUGGAAGAGUUCAAAGGAUGUAGCAGCUCCCACUCCCACAGUUCCUCAAGGACCCCAGGUCUGGGACGUGAUCACCACUAACUGCUCUAUCAACAUCAACCUGACCCAUCAGCCAUGGUUCCAGAGUCUGGAACCACACUUCCGACAGUUUCUAGCCUAUCGGCAUUGCCGGUAUUUCCCUAUGUUGCUGAACCACCCAGAGAAGUGUGCCAGCGAUGUCUAUAUGCUGGUGGUUGUCAAGUCGGUCAUCACACAGCACGACCGCAGAGAGGUCAUUCGUCAGACCUGGGGCCACGAAUGGGAGUCAGCGGGUCUGGGGAGGGGCGCCGUGCGGACUCUCUUCCUGCUCGGCACGGCCUCCAAGCAAGAGGAGCGGACCCACUAUCAGCAGCUGCUGGCCUAUGAGGACCGUCUCUAUGGUGACAUCCUACAGUGGGACUUCCUUGACAGCUUCUUCAACCUGACCCUCAAGGAGAUCCACUUCCUCAAGUGGCUCGACAUUUACUGUCCCAAUGUCCCCUUCAUCUUCAAAGGUGAUGAUGAUGUCUAUGUCAACCCCACCAACCUGCUCGAGUUUCUGUCUGACCGACAGCCCCAGGAAAACCUAUUUGUAGGUGAUGUUCUGAAACAUGCUCGGCCCAUCCGCAAAAAAGAUAACAAAUACUACAUCCCAGCCGUCAUGUAUGGCAAGGCCACCUACCCGCCCUAUGCUGGCGGAGGGGGUUUCCUCAUGUCUGGCAGCUUAGCUCGGCAACUCCACCAUGCCUGUGACACACUGGAACUGUUCCCUAUUGAUGAUGUCUUCCUGGGCAUGUGCUUGGAGGUGCUGGGAGUGAAGCCCACCGGCCACGAGGGCUUCAAGACCUUUGGCAUCUCUCGGGUCCGAGGCAGCCGGAUGAACAAGGAACCGUGCUUCUACCGGGCCAUGCUUGUGGUACACAAGUUGCUCCCUGCCGAGCUGCUGGCCAUGUGGGAUCUGGUGCAUAGCAAUCUUACCUGUUCUGUCAAGUUCCAGGUGCUCUAAUGUUGCUGAGCCACCAGUGUGUUUGUCCUCGGGGAUACAUGGCAUUGUCUUUGAUCCCUUGCAGGAGGUGAAGGGUUUGGGCCCUCUGGGCCCCUAGGUGUGGUGGGGUACAGAGAGCCAGAGAGGAACUCCCAGAAAUUCCCAGAAAGAGGCCCAGGAAUAGCCAGAGCUUCCCUGACUGGAGGUCACCUGAGGGCCUGGAGCUCUCCUAGCGUGGGCCUCUAGCUUGACCUCUCUAGCCUGGUAGGAGGCCCUGGUGGCAUCUAAAGGAACAUUUGCUCAGGUACCUGAGCUAGAUCUGGGCCCCAGUGGGUCUGUGGCUGCCUCUUAUCCUCACAGGGAAGCCUCUUUCCUGUGAAAUGCCUCUGGCUCCCUGAGGAUCAAGCAGCCUUUGUGGGAGCUCAGUCCUGUGCAGGUCCACAGGUGUCCCCUGGUCCACAUUGCUGGAUCUCCUAAGAUAGGAGCUCUCUCUCCACAGGCCCUCAGCACAGCCCCAGGCUUGCCUGGAGUCAGCUGCCGAGGCAUGGCUCCUGGCUUUGACUUCUCUUGUCCAGAAGCCUGACUGGCCGCUCUGACUACCUCAGCACUCCUCCAGACCUCAGUGUGGGCUAGUGCCCCACCUUAUGCCCCUGACACAGAGCAAAAGAGCAGUGCUCCCGCCCCUCCCCCACCCCUGCCCCCCAAAGACACAGUGAUCCCUGAGCUCAGCCCAAGCCAGGUCUCACCCUUGGCAUCUCACCAAUGCUGACUCCCUGGCUGGAGACUGGCCGGUUGGGCCCUAGAUGUAGACAUUCUUCUAUUACUGUGAAAUUUUAUUUAUGAAGAAUUGGAAGGAGGCGGCUCCAGGCCUUGGGAAGUGUACCUCUUUCCUGCACACUUUCCUUCAGCAGCUAGCAUCUUUACCACUCACACCCUGCCUUUCAAGCCCUUCCCAACUGACACCCAUACUUUUCUGGGGCCUGCCCAGACUAUUUUCCCCUGUGAAAGAAUACCACCUCCCACCUCUGGCUGGGGUCACCUGGAAAAGAUGGAGGCAUCUUCUCUAUUUUCUCAAUAAAAACGACUGGUUGUUGAAGGUGUCUGAA